CCUAGCUUCUGCUUUUUUUGUUUGCCGGCUCUUUACAUGACGGCCGGUAUACAUGGGAAAUCAGCUAUCGUGAACGAUGGCUAAAAAGAAGAAGCCGGCUUCCAACCCUGCCCGAGGAUUUGCCACUACGUCGGUUGCAAGCAAACCAAAACCAGAAAGGAUAGUUGAGCCGCCCGAGCCAGCAACAUCCAAGAAAGACAUAACUCCAUCUGCCGUGCCCCAGGUAUCGUCGAGUGCACAGGCACACGGUGGCGCCAGUGCACAGCCAAAGAACCCCCAAAAGACUCCCGAGGAGUUGGAAGCGCAGCUAGAAUUGGACGAGCUCCAAUUGCUGGUAGAGAAACACGCCACUAAAGUACGUCGCGAAGCACGACGCCAGAUCUUGAAAGUCCAGACGGAUCAGAGGGUUCUCCGCUCGCAAGCCCAAAAUGUAACCGUUCAGGACUGGGUGCCUAGAGAUGUUUUGGAUACUAUCAUCUCGUUGGCGCAGGCCGAAUCCAAUGAUUCGAACCGAAGACAAGGACAAAAGUCUUUGACUAAGACACUCUCGGAAGAGGAUGCAAUGUCCAAACUAUGGAUCUUGGAUCUGACAUUUCGUGGCAUGGGGUUCACCGAGGAGAACAUAGAUCCAGUACUCAAAUGGCUCUGUGCAAACGCUGCUGUCGUUGAUUCAACGAGUAGUACAUGGGGUUUUGCUGAAGGUCUAGAAUGGAUGGCACUCGAUCAAUGUGAAGGCCACUCGUUCAGUUAUGAUGGACCGAAACCGAGUCUCCCUAUCGGUGAAUCCCCUGCCACUUCCAGGCCAGCGACGCCACCACCUGCUGAUGUAAAAUCCCAAAUUGGAUCGACCAAAGAAGCGAAUUCAUCAGACAGGAGUAAUGUCACCUCCACUCCGGUCGAAAGCGACAUCGGCGAGGUGGCAGUAAGUGAUCUCGACAGUGAUAUAGAGCCAGAUCAACUUGUCCCAACCUAUCUGAACCUCAAAUGUAAACUCUUUGAGAUUGAUCCUGAUGCUUUAGAUACAAAACCAAAGAAGAGUAAGGGGACCAAAGCGAAAACUGCUAAAGCGUCUAAUACAGCUGCCGUACGCAAGCUUCUGUCCCAAUUGCAACAACUUGAGUCAGAUGCAUUGUUCGAUCAAGAUGCAGCCGACACUGAAUGGCCUGUCAAACGUAAUCAGAUAGCGCAAGCUAAGGCCACAGAAAAGAAAUCCUUUCCUGAGACAAAGGCCACGCCUUCUUCCUCAACAGAAGCGGCUAAUGAUCAAGAAGCGGACCCAGCAAAGGACAAAGAAGGCGAUCGGGAAAAUCAAGAUAACGGCAAUGCAUCCGAUGAUGAUGGGGAACUUUUAGGCGACAUGUUCUCCGCAAUUCCAGAUGAUGAUCCGGCCACAAAAGACUCCAUAGAUCAAGAUUCACAGAAUGUGAUACUUAGAGAUUUUGGAAAGCAAAGUGGACUCUCUCCAAGAAAAGUGUUAGAGGAAUCGGUGCGGUCGAGGGACCCGGGUGCAAAACUUUGGUACAAGCUCAUAUCACCAACGACAUAUUCAUGUCGACAUUCAUUGGUCAUCAAAUGGUCCAAAGGUCAAGAUACUGUUUUUGACGGUGAUAUUCCUGGGUUCGACUGUAACAUUCAAAAGUUCCAGUCGUCUUUCAGUGCGACGGUGGUAGCAACCGUGUCUGUAGAGCAGAGUGAAAGCUUGAUCUCCACAGUAGCACUUUUCUCAAUUUGUGCACCUUUAGUCAAAGAAGAGAAAGUAUACAUCAGACUCCCGUCCAAUUGGAGAGACUACUAUAGAGAACUUCUAGACCAUCGUAAAGAACGCCUAGACGCAGAGGAUCGUCAAACGGUCAAGCGACUCCGUACCAUUGUCCAAGAGCAGAUCGAGGAAGAAGAGUCGGACGAUGUUGUACUCACUAAUCGAUUCAAGAUGCGCAAUCAAGCAGCGAAUGGAUCGAGCGCUGCAACCUCAGGCCAGAGUACACCGACUUCAAAUAAUCAAAGCCUUCGAGAUUUGUGGCAUCACAAGGCCGCCGCCAACUCCUAUCAACACAUGCUCCAAUCGCGCAUGAACCUCCCCGUCUUUAACUUCCGGGAAUCUAUUUUAGCAACUAUUGAUCAGAACCAAGUGACCAUCAUAUGUGGUGAAACAGGUUGCGGCAAGAGUACGCAGAUACCUUCAUUUGUCCUGGAGCAUGAACUAUUACAGGGAAAGCAAUGUAAGAUAUACUGUACCGAGCCUAGACGUAUCUCAGCAAUAUCGCUGGCUCAACGUGUCAGCGAUGAGCUUGGAGAGGGACCAAAGGACUUGGGAACCCCUCGUUCCCUUGUUGGCUACGCAAUUCGACUCGAGACGAAGACAUCAAGUCAAAGUAGGCUUGUGUUUGCGACUGUGGGUGUCGUACUACGAAUGUUGGAAUCAAGCCGAGGGCUAGACGACCUCACGCACUUGAUCAUUGACGAAGUGCACGAGCGAAACAUUGACACCGACUUCUUACUGAUUAUUCUCCGUUCACUCAUGAUCCGUCGUCCUGAGCUUAAAGUCAUCCUGAUGAGCGCGACCGUUGACGCCGAUAAAUUCUCAAGGUAUCUCAAUAGCGCGCCAGUUAUGAUGGUACCAGGCCGUACCUUCCCCGUUGAAACCAGAUAUUUGGAGGACGCCAUUGAACUGACACAUUACGAUGCGGUAACGAACGACAAGUUGAACGAUUCGGAUACCAGCGAGAACGAAGAGGGCUCCUCAAGAGAGAAAUCCGGGAUUCCUUCCAAGCUUCCGGGUUACAGUGCUACUACUCGUAAUGUACUCUCGAGCUACGAUGAGUACGGGAUCGACUACGAUCUGAUCAUUCGCCUGAUCGAAAAUGUUGCAUUUGAUGCAACGCUCGCAAGAUACAGCAGCGCCUUCUUAGUCUUUUUGCCGGGUAUGGCCGAAAUUCGUCAGCUCAAUGACAUGCUGCUCAGUCACCCGUCGUUUGACAAGCAGUGGUUGAUAUAUCCUCUACACUCGUCCAUCUCGAGUGAGGAUCAACAGGCUGCAUUCUUGCUUCCUCCACCAGAAACGGGUGUCACAAUUCCCGACAUCACUUGCGUGAUUGACACCGGAAAGCAUAAAGAGAUGCGGUUCGAUGAGAGAAGACAGUUGUCGCGCCUUACGCAGUCGUUCAUCUCCCGCGCAAAUGCGAAGCAGCGUAGAGGUCGUGCUGGUCGUGUGCAAGAAGGGUUAUGCUUCCAUCUCUUCACCAGGUAUAGGCACGAUACUAUGAUGACGGACCAGCAGACGCCUGAGAUGCUUCGGUUAUCCCUACAAGAUCUCGUCAUGCGGACCAAGAUUUGCAAACUCGGCGACAUCGAAAAGACGUUGUCUGAAGCCCUGGAUCCUCCAACUUCGCGGAAUAUCCGACGUGCCAUAGACGCCCUCAUAGAAGUAGAUGCCCUGACCUCAGGCGAGGAACUCACUCCACUUGGGCGACAGCUUGCGAAAUUACCAUUAGACGCUCACCUUGGAAAGUUGGUCCUCUUUUCAUGCAUGUUCGCCUGCGCCGAUGUCGCCAUAACAAUCGCCGCGAUCCUGUCAUCCAAAUCCCCCUUCCUCACACCCUUUGGCGCCAAACAGCGUGCCGACGUCGCCAGAUUCGCCUUCAAAAAGGGCGACUCCGACCUGAUCACCGCCUACAACGCCUACAAGACCUGGAAGGCCAUCUGCACGACACCAGGGCGAUCCGAGGCGCAAUUCUGCCACAAAAACUUCCUGAGCGCCCAAAACCUAGGCAACAUCGAGGACCUGAAAGCGCAACUCCUCUCCUCCCUCGUCGACGCCGGCUUCAUCGCGUUCACCAGCGAGGAACGCAAAGCCCUCAGCCGCUACCGCAGCACCUCCCGACACCGAAUGUUCGUCACCAUCCCGCCCCAACACGACCUCCACUCGCACAACGACAUCCUCGUCAACUCCGUCAUCGCCACGGCCCUGUACCCGAAGAUCCUCACCCGCGAAGGCAAAGGCUGGCGCAACAUCGCCAACAACCAAACCGUCAGCCUCUCCCCCACAUCCGUCAACCGCAUCACGCCCAUCAACCCCACCACCGCCCGCUUCCUCUCCUACUACCACAUCAUGCAGUCCAGCAACAAGUUCUACAACGCCCACUCCACCUCCAUCGCCCACCCGCUGCCCAUGAUCCUCACCGUCGGCGCAGACAACAUGGACUUCAAGCUCGCGGCGGGCAUCAUAACGCUCCCCGGCAACGUCCUGCGCUUCUCCGUCGCAAACUGGAGGAUCGCGGUCGCGCUCAAGGUGCUCCGCCGACGCCUCAAGGAGAUUCUCGCGGGAUGCUGGAAAAACCCCGGGCGUCAGCUGUCUGGACGCGAGAAGGAGUGGAUGGAGUUGUUCUUCAGGAUCCUCAGCGAGAAGUGGGAGCGCGAGGAGAAGAUCAGGGAGCGUGCGGCCGGGAAGGGGAAGUAG